UGCUUUGCUUUCACUAAAUGAUAUGAACACCGCAGAUACAGCGUAUACUUUUCUUAUUCACGGAUGAAUAUGCAUGCUUGCGACGACUUCACUCAUGUCGGAAGUGUAUUAGAGCCUCCUCAACCUGUUUGACAGUGCUGCUCAUUCAUUCCAAGGCACGUGACGAUAUCCUGCAAAAAUGCCUUCACCACAAGUCAUCCAGCCUGUCCUGAAGAUGAAAGUGGACGAGCUGUUUCUUAACUGGUUAAGUGACCCUGCAACACAAUCACUACUCAAGGAUUAUCUUGAUCUAAUCAAAAGUGGGCAGAACCUUGAUCUGAGCAGCGGGGAGCCCCAGGACAAAAGGUUAUUAACCUUCAAUGAGAACAAUAAUGUGGCAUCCCAAAAAAACCUGGUAGAGAAGAAGCCUGCUCCCAUCAGCACUCCCUCCAGCCCCCCCUCUGCCAGCACCUUGCCCUCUGGUUGUAGCAGUAAUACUAGAAUGACUGGACCCAAUGGCAGAGUUCUGCGGAGAUCGGUCAGCACAAAAAAGGCCCAGGUGAGGACGGAGGAGCCCGUCACCACAGCGCUGAGUGAAAGCAUUCCAAAGUUUUACUUCCCACUGGGCCGGCCCCAAGCCAACCUCAACAUUGACAGCCUCAUUUCCAAAAUUGAGAAAAUAUUUUCCCAAUUCCCAAAUGAAAGGGCCACCAUUGAGGACAUGGGGCAGGUUUCCAAGGCCUGUGAGUGCCCUCUUUACUGGAAAGUGCCAUUGUUCUGCUUGGCUGGAGGCGACAGGACGGGCUUCGUGUCUGUUCACAAGUUCGUGGCUAUGUGGAGAAAAAUUCUGCAGACCUGUCACGACGACGCUUCUAAAUUUGUGCACCUCUUGGCCAAGCCUGGCUGUAAUUACCUGGAACAAGACGACUUUAUUCCAUUCCUGCAGGAUGUUGUGAACACACAUGCAGGCCUGGCAUUUUUAAAGGAGGCGCCAGACUUUCACUCAAGAUACAUCACCACGGUAAUACAGAGGAUAUUCUACAAUGUGAACCGGUCGUGGACUGGAAAAAUAACAUGUUCUGAGCUCAGGAAAAGUAACUUUCUACAGGACGUAGCUUUGCUGGAACAAGAAGAAGACAUAAACCAGCUGACAGAGUUCUUCUCCUACGAACAUUUCUACGUAAUCUACUGCAAGUUCUGGGAGCUGGACACUGACCACGACCUUUACAUUGACCAGAAAGACCUGGCACAGCAUAAUGACCAAGCCAUCUCACACAAAAUGAUUGAGAGAAUAUUCUCAGGAACAGUAACAAGAGACAGACGGGUGUAUAAGGAAGGUCGACUGAGCUAUGCUGAUUUUGUCUGGUUUCUCAUCUCUGAAGAGGACAAAAAGACUGACACCAGUAUAGAGUACUGGUUCCGCUGUAUGGACUUGGACGGAGAUGGUGUGCUCAGCAUGUACGAGCUGGAGUACUUCUACGAGGAGCAGUGUCAGAAGCUGGAAACCAUGGCCAUCGAGCCCCUUCCCUUCGAAGACUGCCUCUGCCAAAUGCUGGACCUUGUCAAGCCCGAGGUUGAAGGUAAGAUCACCCUGCGAGACCUUAAAAGGUGCAAGCUGUCCCACAUCUUUUUCGACACGUUCUUCAACAUUGAGAAGUACUUGGACCAUGAGCAGAAGGACCCGUUCUCCGUCAUCAGGGAGUUGGAAGCAGAAGGGCAGGAGGUGUCAGACUGGGACAAAUAUGCAGCAGAGGAGUACGACAUUCUGGUGGCUGAAGAGGCUGCCAACGACCAGUGCAACGAUGUAUAUGAAAAUCCUCUGAGCCCUCUAGGGCAGCACAUCUCCAGUGACCUGGGUCUGACAAAGAGACACUUCUUUGAGAUCCCAAGUCCUCACUGCAACCUGGACCUGGAUGACUAUGAGUAUGAGGACGACUUUGAAUGACCCUCGAUCCUGUAGUGUUUUCGCCUGCUGAGACAUAAAACGUCAGUGGAUGAAUCACAUGAAGCUAGAAAGAUGUGCAGGUUCAGGCUCAGUUCCCAUCCUGCAUAACAGGAAACACUUCAAUAAACAAGGAGUGACCACAAAACCGGAAGACUUGGAGCACUGGCGGGAUCAGAUGAGCCAGAGGAUUAAAUAACACAACAUUUUGGGUGGUUUGAGCACAAAGCUGUAUCAAGUAAGGGUCUGGUUGUUGAAAGUAAUCUAACAGAGAGAGAGAGAAAAUAGGAUUAUAUUAUCUUAGUACAUCAAGGUAUCAAAUCCUGUUCCCUAUGCAGAUAAAUCCUCCAGGUGGGUUCUUGUAAACUUCAAGAAGGAUCAAGAUUACAGAACUUUGAUCCAAACACAAUCAAGACUGUUAUCUGGGCAGAGGGGUGGAUUCAGACUAAAUGACAGGAACAGAAUGAAAGAAAUCUAUUAAAUUUUUCAAACCUUUUCAAAAAGUUUGUCAGUAAUUUAAGAUUGAGUCCAUAUACUAUGUUUUGAAUUACCAACCUCUAGUGCUCAAAAAAAAUGAGGCCUGUGCAGAAGCGUAAAAAAAAUACCUGUAGUUCCUCAAGUGUCCCUUUGAGGCUGGCUACAGAAGCUCCGUAUUCAGGAGACUACUCCAAGAACCAGAUGGACAUGGAUUUUUCCCUCUGGACAGAAUAUGUAGUGUUAUGUCCUUAAAGUACUGGUAAUCUAGAUUUGCUAAUCUUUAAAAGUCAGUUUGGGUUGAUCUUACCUAGUUUAUGUUGAAAAACCAGGACAAAAAUUAGCUGGAUCACCUGAUCCUUAAUAGAGAUGCACAUCUGAGUUGUUUUAUUCAUUAUAAACCUUUUGAACAACCAGGCCCUGAUGAUGUGGUUAGCAUUGUCCCCGUACCAACACCAGUUUCCUUAUCUGCCUCUAAUACAGCCUAAAACGUGGUAUUUGAUAUUGGUGAAUGUCCUUCUUUUUUUUUUUUCUUUUCUUUUCGUUUUUUUCUUUUCAAGGAUCUGACGCCACAACCAAUUAGACGCCCCAGUACUGAGCUGGUUUCAGGCAAAAUAUCAUGUGACUACAAGUGUGGUGCAAGAAGAGAGUUUAGAUUAUUUAAAGCUGACAAACUGCCUGAAAUCGUUUUUUCCAACCCAUAUUAUGUUCACUUUUUCAACCUUUUAAAGUCACAACAGUUGACUUCAUGACACGAGCAGCUCAUUCAGACCUUUGCUUCAUCCUCACAUUAACACAUUAGGAGUUGUGACUUGCAUGUAACACUUAGCACAGAUAAUGUUUAGAGUGAGUAUUAUGUCACCAGCGCUGUGUAAUCACUCUCACAUGAGCUAAAUCACUGUUUGCACACUGAAGCUCGCUGGAUUUUUGCACAAAAACAAUGUAGAUUUGUUUCAGGUUUUUGAACUAAUUAUCAUCUGACGUCAUCAGCCCAUGUUACAUUCCAGUGAUAAUGGAAAGCUGUAAAUUCAUUCAUGGUUGUUUGUUGAAAUGAUGAGUUGCUGUAAAUGCCAAAAUAAAAAAAAAAAACACCGUGAAGCCUGCUGUAGACACGAGCACACAGCUCAGACUGACAGAGUUUAUGUACAGGUUUGGUUCUUUAUGAUGUAGGGUUCAUGUCUGUGUGAGGUGGUUGUAAGUUAUUAGAGAGGAAUUUAUAAAUAAAUGUAAAUAUUUAUUUGGUGCUUGCUGUGUUGUAAAUGUUUUGGGCAAGUGUUUUAGAAUUUUUUUUUUUCUAUGUUUGAAUGUACUUUCACAGAACAAGAGGAACCAAUUUUAAAAUGUGUUGCUUUUCUUUAAGUUGAUAAUAAAGCCUU